AUGGACGCGCCAAUAUGGGGUCUGUGGGAUAACAGAGCCUCAUCUUUGCCUUUUAAACAUGCAAGCAGGUGCUCCUCCUGCGUCUUCCUCCCCAUCCCCACAGAACCUGGGAACAUCCUGCUAACCUCGGUCAUUGUCACACAGGUGUUAAGCCCAACUUACAAGCAGAGAAAUGAAGACUUCAGAAAGCUCUUUAAGCAACUUCCAGACACGGAGCGCCUCAUUGUUGAUUACUCCUGUGCACUCCAAAGAGACAUUCUUCUUCAGGGCCGACUCUACCUCUCUGAAAAUUGGAUAUGCUUCUACAGCAACAUCUUCCGCUGGGAAACUCUGCUAACUGUCCGUUUGAAAGACAUCUGCUCCAUGACUAAAGAAAAGACAGCUCGCCUCAUUCCCAAUGCCAUUCAAGUUUGCACUGACUCAGAAAAGCACUUUUUCACUUCAUUUGGGGCCCGGGAUAGGACGUACAUGAUGAUGUUCCGACUCUGGCAGAAUGCGCUCCUUGAAAAGCCCCUGUGCCCCAAGGAGCUCUGGCACUUCGUUCACCAGUGCUACGGGAAUGAAUUGGGCCUUACCAGUGACGACGAGGACUACGUGCCCCCUGAUGACGACUUCAACACGAUGGGCUACUGUGAGGAGAUCCCUGUGGAAGAGAAUGAAGUGAACGACAGUUCAUCCAAAAGCAGCAUUGAGACCAAGCCGGAUGCCAGUCCACAGCUACCCAAGAAAUCCAUCACCAACAGCACGCUGACAUCCACAGGGAGCAGUGAAGCCCCUGUCUCGUUCGAUGGCCUGCCCCUGGAGGAGGAGGUGCUAGAGGGGGAUGGGUCCCUGGAGAAGGAGCUUGCCAUUGACAACAUCAUCGGGGAGAAGAUUGAGAUCAUCGCGCCUGUGACCUCCCCUUCGCUGGACUUCAAUGACAAUGAGGACAUCCCCACUGAGCUCAGUGACUCUUCUGACACCCAUGAUGAAGGGGAGGUCCAGGCCUUCUACGAGGACCUGAGUGGCCGGCAGUACGUGAACGAGGUCUUCAACUUCAGCGUGGACAAGCUCUACGACCUGCUGUUCACCGACUCGCCCUUCCAGCGGGACUUCAUGGAGCAGCGUCGCUUCUCCGAUAUCAUCUUCCAUCCAUGGAAGAAGGAAGAGAAUGGAAACCAGAGCCGAGUGAUCCUCUACACCAUCACCCUUACCAACCCUCUGGCUCCUAAAACUGCCACCGUCAGGGAGACGCAGACCAUGUACAAGGCGAGCCAGGAGAGCGAAUGUUACGUGAUAGACGCCGAGGUCCUCACGCACGACGUGCCCUACCACGACUACUUCUACACCAUCAAUCGCUACACUCUCACCCGCGUGGCUCGGAACAAGAGUCGACUCAGGUGCAGCGUCUAGAGGGCCUGCGUGGGU